CAUUCCAACUAUUUAACCUUGAGAUCAUGUAACGUGGAUGCUCACAAAGCAAAAAUCUGACCUUGUGACUUGAUCUUCAUAAUAAAAAGGAACAAAAAACACUUGGGUGAUUUAUUAUCAAACACGAUUGCAACAAUGAAACAACAACGACACCUCGCCAUAAUUUUUGCUCUUUCUUGGUUUAUGUCGAAGCUUCAAAAACGGAUGGAAGAUCAGAGGAACAAAAUGCUCACUUAAAGCAAGACUUUCCUUUCGGAGACUACAGAAAUUGUUUUGUCAAUGAUUUUUUUGCGCCCAGACUAGAAACGCUUCCCGGCAUAGGAUGGGAUAAUUUGCGAAACCGCGUUUCAGGAGAAGUUGCAUUCUUCAAUUACUCGCAAUGUCGUACAACGGAAGAUGGUAGAUAUCUUAUUCCUAAUGAUGUGUUUGUAACACCGUUAAAGGAAAGUGUAGCAUCAUUGUUCUCGGAACUUAUCGACCAUUGGUCAAAUUACAGCUCAAUGACAUCAACAACCAUUAAUCGUGAAGGCCAUGUGCUCACGGAAUAUGGCGUCAUUAGUGGAAAAUUUUCGUUUGAAUAUAAAUAUGUGAAGAAACAUCAGGUUGAAGAUUCAUCCAUUACGUCACGUGUUAUGUUACGUUAUCGUGUGUAUGCGGCACAUUUACAACCCCACGCUCAACUCCAUCCAAAAUUUAAAGCAAGGUUACUAGAUAUUGGUGCACAUCUGUUGAGCAAGAAUAUGCCUGUAGCAAGAUUCCUUGCAGAUAUGUUAAUACGUGAUUAUGGUACACAUUACAUCACUCGUCUUGAUGCUGGUGGAAUCCUUGCGAAACUGGAUCAUAUUCUCAAAUCUUACGUUAAAUCAAGCACAAAAAGAGAUCAAAGAAUCAACCAGUGCUUCUUUCUUUGGCCUUUUUGGGACGAGUGAAUCCAUUUUGCAUAAGCAUAAAGUCAGUACAUCUUAUACAAAGAAUGUCAUGGAUUCUAAAGCAUUCACUUAUGGUGGCCCUCCCGUCAGAAAUAACUUAACCAUCGAAUAUUGGGAAGAUAAUCUUCUCAACAAUCUCGUUUCCAUUGACCGUGAAGGAGACCCCUUGAAUUUUAUAAUUACACCCGAUGUAUUACCGGAACUUCCCGAGGAGACAACGUUCCAGUUAAGUUCCAUUGUUUUGAAGUCACUUCAGCUAUAUUAUAAAAACAAUGCUAUCACAGGUUGUACGGAUGCUGAAUCACCAAACUUCAAUUUUCAAGCGAACGUGGAUGAUCAUUCAUGCAAAGCAUUACAAACCAAUUUUACAUGGGGUGUUUUUCAAACCUGCAAAUCUAAAGGCUCACCUCCCAACGACCCAUGUGUUGGUUAUAGACAAAAAAAUCCCAAAACCCAGACAUACAGUUGUCCUAAAGAAUACAGACAAAUCCACUUGCAUCAAGGAACGUUGGCUACGCAAUGUAAAAGGUCUUGCCACGGAAGGUGGAUAUUUAAAAGGUGUCACACUCAUUGUGGAGGGGGUGUAUACAGUACAUACUGGUGUGCAGCUAACGGUAGUGUCCAUCAGGACUCAGGUUAUAUGUUCGGUGGGAUGUACAGUGAUUCGGUUAAUAACGUGAUUACAAACGCCAAGAAAUGUCAAAAGUUUUACCCACAAAGAUUUGGACCCAAAGACGUCUAUGUAUGCAUUAGCGAUGAUUACGAGCUCGGAGCUCAAUACAGAAUACCCUUUGGUGGUUUUAUAAGCUGCAUGACUGGAAAUCCAUUGGCUGGGACCCAACACCAAGGUUCGACGUCAUCGGAUACAACAAACGAAAAAUUUCAAUGCCGAAACGUUGUCCCCAUGGUUUCACACAACAUUUAGUUGUCAUUGACGAAGACUGCGAGAUAAAUUACUGUACUAAAGCUAACUUCCUGACUGCAAAGGGCUUGCCCACAAUCAAACGACCACCGUUCCACAGCAAACCGAAAUUCAACACCAAUAUCAUGAUUCCAUUGAUCAUCGAAAACAAUGAUACAAACAAAGUAUACAUACGUCUUGAAGAAAAAGUGAAAGAUGGAUUGAACUCACACCUAAAAUGGCCAUAAAUAUGCCACUAAGAAAUGAAAUACCAGAAAAAAGUGCCGUUGAAGUUUUAAUGCGCGAAGUGGAAGAAAUGAAAAAAGAGGAGAAUCAAUACACAGGGGACUCCAGCAAAAAAAGCCAUGGCUUGAGUGCUGGUGCUACAGUAGGAAUAACUAUCGGGGCCACGUUGUUUGCAGGAAUCUUAAUUAUUCUGAUCUUCAAGUUUCGUCGUCGACAAAGUCCGUCAAUAAACGCCAACCGCUCCCGUUCGGGAUAUAACACUUUUGAAGAUUCGUAAACAGUUUAAAUAAAUUUUAAGCAAGUAAUAGCGUUAACACGGUAUUGUUUAAACAAUAUCAACUUUAAUAUGAAUAAUACGUAUGUAUGAAGUAUUAAUGACAACAAUCACAUACCUUGAUUGGGUUAACCAAGGAUGAGUUUGUUUUAUAUUUUUAUCAGUAUUGAUUGUAAUAUGAACAGCAAAUGUCGGGUCGUGAUUAAAUAUUAAUUCUCCCCCUUCGA